AUGCCAAAACAAAGGUCAGGCAACUUGUCAUCAGGGAAAUGCUAUUUGCGGAUGAUCCAACAGUGGGACAAGACAAUGGGACAGGGCAAAGAAAAUCCCCCCUCUAUCACUAUCAACAACUAUACAAUGGAAGCUGUAAAUACCUUCACCUACCUUAGGUCCACCUUUACUGACAACCUGUCACUCAAUGCUGAGCUCAGUGGUUGCAUCGGUAAAGCUGCCUCAACUUUUGGGAAGCUCACAAACAGAGUAUGGAACAAUGGAAAACUCACUGUCCAUACCAAGGUGCAAGUGAACAGAGCCUGUGUCAUCAGCACACUCCUGUAUGGUAGCAAGUCCUGGACCCUUUAUUCCCACCAAGAGUGA